AUGGCUCAAGCUGAUAUUGCUGUCAUUGGUCUUGCCGUAAUGGGUCAAAAUUUAAUUCUUAACAUGAAUGAUAAGGGAUUCACGGUUUGUGCUUUCAAUAGAACUGUUGCGAAAGUUGAUGAGUUUUUGGCCAAUGAGGCCAAGGGAACUAAAAUUAUUGGAGCUCAUUCAAUUGCAGAAAUGUGCAGUUUGUUGAAGACGCCCAGACGUAUUAUGUUAUUAGUAAAAGCUGGAUCAGCUGUGGAUGCCAUGAUUGACAGUAUUGUUCCUCAUUUGGAGGCCGGAGAUAUCAUUAUUGAUGGUGGAAACUCCGAAUACACCGACACCAUGAAAAGAACAGAGUCACUCGGAGCUAAGGGUAUUCUGUUUGUUGGCUGUGGAGUUUCUGGAGGAGAAGAAGGUGCUCGUUAUGGACCUUCUCUUAUGCCUGGAGGAAACUCUAAAGCUUGGCCAUUCUUGAAAGAUAUAUUCCAACCUGUUGCUGCAGUUGCCGAUAAUCAACCAUGCUGUGAUUGGGUAGGAGAAUCAGGCUCCGGACACUACGUCAAAAUGGUUCAUAACGGAAUUGAAUACGGAGAUAUGCAACUGAUUGCUGAAGCCUAUCACCUCAUGUCUAAGGGUUUGGAAUUAACUCACGACGAAAUGUCUGAUAUCUUCGAUGAAUGGAACAAGAGUGAAUUAGAUUCCUUCCUUAUCGAAAUCACCGCCAACAUCUUGAGAUACAAAGAUGAAGAUGGCAAACCAUUGGUUCCGAAAAUCCGUGAUGCUGCAGGACAAAAGGGAACUGGAAAGUGGACUUGUUUCGCUGCUUUGGAGCAUGGCAUGCCAGUCACACUCAUAGCCGAAGCUGUGUUCUGCCGGUGCCUCUCGGCCAUCAAGGACCAACGUGUCGCUGCUGCGAAAAUUCUCCCACGUCCUAAAGUUAACAAUGCUGAAGUGAUUGGAGACAAGAAGGCUUUUAUCAAUGAUAUUCGCGAAGCUUUGUACGCAUCAAAGAUUGUGAGCUAUGCUCAGGGUUUCAUGCUUCUUGCUGAAGCUAGCAAGCAAUACAAUUGGAAACUCAACUUCGGAGGAAUUGCUCUUAUGUGGAAAGGAGGAUGUAUCAUUCGUUCCCGAUUCCUUGGAAAUAUCAAGGCUGCUUUCGUAAAGAACCCCGAACUCACUAACCUUCUUCUUGAUGAUUUCUUCGUCAAUGCUAUUGCUAAUGCACAAGAUUCUUGGAGAAAUGUUAUUGCUACAGCUACUCGCUUAGGUAUUCCAGUCCCAACCUUCUCUUCUGCAUUAAACUUCUAUGAUGGUUAUUCCACUGAGGUACUACCCGCCAAUCUUCUCCAAGCUCAACGUGAUUACUUUGGAGCGCACACUUACGAGCUUUUGGAUACUCCUGGAAAAUGGGUUCAUACCAACUGGACCGGUAAGGGAGGAAGAGUUACAAGCAAUGCCUAUUCUGCAUAA